AUGGCAACUAACACCAGUUGUCCUUUGGGCAGCGAUAAUCGAUUCGGCCCUCGCAUCGACUACAACUGUCGUCACUUUGAUUUUACUCUUCUUUUCGAAGAUGCCGUCUUUCAUAUCAUUCCUUCCGCAGCUCUCUUGAGCAUCUUGACUGUACUUCAUCUCAGUUUCGUCACAAUCAACACCAGUUCAUCAGCCCUCCGCACGCCAGCUUCACUGGCAGCGGGAAUUCUCAACUUCAUCGCCGUUGUAACCGCUACUUUUCACUCAUUCCUCGAAGAUCAACGUUCCACUCGCCCAUCCGACUUGCUCAUACUCUACUUCUCAGCCUCUGCCAUACUCUCACUUCCGCGCCUCAGAACGUUAUGGCUCAUCACCGGCACCGGAGCGUCCAGAGGUCUCUGGACUGCUAUCUUCAUUCUCACGAGCCUAGUCAUUCCGUUGGAGUCCAUCGGCAAGAAACGAUUAUUGCGAACAGAGUACCGAACUCUCACGAAAGAAGAAGAAACUGGCUUCUGGGGUCGCAGCUUCUUCACCUGGCUUAUGCCUUUCUUUCGUCUCGGCUACUCGCGGGUCAUUCACAUCCGGGAUAUGCCGGAAGUCGACAAAGACUUAGCUGGAGAUAGAGCAGGAGCAAGCCUCGAGGCCGCAUGGUCGAAGCGCAAGGGGCAGAAGUUUCAUGCUUUGAUUCGCUCCAGCUUUUACGCCUAUCGCGGAGCUCUCAUCGCCGGCUUUAUAACGCGUCUCUUCCUCUCUGCGUUCACGUUUUGCCAGCCGUUCCUCAUCACGGCAACAGUGAGAUACAUGCAAACGCCCCAGACACCAGAAUCUGAGAGAUAUGGACAAGCACUUGUCGGAGCAUAUGUACUUACAUACCUUGGUCUAGCGGUCUCUCGAGCUGCAUUUUCCCGCCACCAGUUCCGCUUCACAACGAUGCUUCGAGCAGGGCUGAUGUCUAUGAUAUUCAGGCAGACCAUCUCUCUCAAAGCAGAUGACUUGAAAGAUAGCGCUGCGGUCACUUUGAUGGGCACAGAUAUCGAACGCAUCGUCAUCACGUUCAACAACCUUCAUCAGAUUUGGGCAGCGGUCCUGGAAGUCGGCAUCGCAAUAUUCCUCCUGCAACGUCAAAUAGCCUCGGCAUCUGUAGUACCAGUCGUCAUUUCUAUCGUUUGCGCUUUUGGCGUCAUUCCCGUCUCUAAGACCAUCGGGAGGGCACAAACGGCCUGGAUUGAACGUUUACAGAAGAGGGUGGCUGUCACGGCCUCAAUGCUGGGAGAUAUGAAGGCUAUCAAAAUGCUGGGUCUCUCAAGCGUGUUGUCAACCACUAUCACAGAGCUGCGGCGUCUUGAACUAAGAACGUCUGAGAAGUUUCGCAAAUUAGUCCUCUCUCAGAUCCUCGUUUCAAACCUUCCUGUUGAAUUUGCGCCAUUCGCAACAUUUGUCAUCUACAGUAUAAUCGCAGUUAUCACCAAAGAUCAAACGCUGACGACAACGAAUGCCUUCACUGCUUUAUCUUUGAUCGGCCUCUUGACAGAACCACUCUUGCUAUUUUGCCAAUUCGUGCCUAACAUUGUACAAGGCGUGGCUUGCUUCAAGCGCAUCGAGAUGUUUUGUCUCAAAGAACAGGAGGGAUCACUGCAGAAACAACCGACAUCUCCAUCGCGCUCUUCGGUCACCACAUUGAACAGGACGAGUAUCGAACUUGCAGACCAUUCAGCCCACAAUCCACCGGAAGGCUCGACAAUCUUGUUCUGUAACGCAAAAAUAUCCUGGUCGCCUGAUUCCGACGCAGUCUUUAAAAACCUUUCCUUGACGAUUAAGGGAGGCAUCACCAUGGUCGUAGGCCCUGUUGGAUGCGGAAAAUCUUGCCUCAUAGAAAGUAUCCUUGGAGAGACAUCAUUCAGUGCUGGAACGAGAGAGUGCAUGACCCACGGUAUCGCCUACUGCGCGCAGACCCCGUGGAUGAUGAACGACACCGUGAGAAGGAACAUCACUGGUGGCUUAGAUCAUGAUCCGAAAUGGUUCGACCAAGUUUUGUGGCUGUGCUCCUUGACUGACGAUGUCAGGAAUAUGCCAGGAGGAGAGUUGUAUAAUAUUGGUAGUAACGGUGUCGGCUUGAGCGGAGGGCAACGACAGCGUGUGGCCCUUGCUCGCGCUGUCUACUCGAGACACCGAGUUGUAGUUCUCGAUGACGUCUUCAGCGGCCUCGAUUCCAAGAGUAUCAGCCAAAUUUCAAGCCGUCUCUUCAGCAAAGACGGUCACUUCCGCCGGAACGAGAUCUCUGUGAUUCUUGCGACUCAUACCCGUGUACUACUUCGACAUGCGGAUGAGCUGAUCGUCCUUGCCGAUGGUGAUGUCUUGAGCCAAGGUCCAUCUGAGCAGGUUCUUGCUAGCUCAUCUGACUUUAUCACGAUAUCAAGACUAGAAGACGACGACAAUCUUCGAAGUGGCGAAGAUUCGGAGCAAGCUGACGAGGCAGCAAGACCCACGCAAAUCCAAAGGACCUUGGAUGCUGAGGAAGACAGGCUGCGCCAGAACGGCUCCUGGUCAGUUUACAAGUACUACUUCGAGCGAGCUGGUUGGGCAGUAGUUAGCUCGUUCGUCUUCGCCACUUUCACCGAGGCAUUUUGCAGCGGGUUUACAAAUAUCUGGUUUCAAUGGUGGGUCGAAGCCAACGAGAAACGGCCAAAUGACAACCUCGGCAUGUAUCUUGGGGUUUAUGCUCUCUUAUUUGCGAUGGCAUGCGUUGGGCUUUCUGUGGAAUGCUGGCUGCUUUUCAUACGGAUCAUAAGUGCAACGGCUAUGAGUCUACAUGGUGAUCUCCUGCAUACGAGCUUGAGAGCACCUCUUAGCUUUUUCCAGUCCACUGACACAGGCUCAAUCACCAACAGAUUCAGCCAAGAUCUCAACCUGGUUGACGUGACUCUUCCGUCGAAUGCUAUCAAUUUCGCCUCGAAUGCUUGUGCUUGCAUCGUCAAACUUAUCAUACUAUGUGUUAUGGGCAAGUACUUGGCGACAUCUGUGCCUUUACUAGUGGGAGUGCUCUUCUUCGUUCAACGAUACUAUCUCCGUACCUCUCGCCAAGUCCGUCUUCUCGAUAUCGAAGCCAAGGCCCCAAUAUACGCCCACUUCCUCGAAACUCUCAAAGGCGUUGCUACUAUUCGUGCCUACCAAUGGCAAGGAAAAUUUGAGGAGCAGGCGACAAAGCUCCUAGAUAUUUCACAGAAGCCCCACUACAUGCUAGCCUGUAUCCAACAAUGGCUCGCCCUCGUUCUGGAUCUUAUUGUCGGGGCUCUGGCGCUCAUAAUUGUGAGCAUGGCAACGUCCAUCACCGACAAGUUUUCUCCCGGAGCAAUUGGUGUUUCCAUGGUCUUGGUUCUAGGAUUCAACAACUCUCUUGCAACAACGAUCAAGAACUGGACUGCUCUGGAGACUUCUAUCGGCGCUGUGGCCAGGAUAAGAGAGUUUGCCCAGACAACGCCUUCAGAGGAGCGAGAGCUGGGAAGCUCUGGUGUUCCUCCUGAAAGAUGGCCAAUGCAAGGUCGUAUCACCUUUGAGAAUGUCACUGCGAGAUACACAAAAGACGGAGACGCAACUCUCAAGAACUUGACACUUUCAAUCUCAUCCGGUCAGAAGAUUGCAGUCUGCGGGCCAUCAGGCAGCGGAAAGACAUCAUUCGUUCUCUCGCUGCUUCAGAUGAUUGAAGUUACCGACGGGAAGAUCUCCGUCGACGGCAUCGAUCUCGAAGGUCUGGAGAGAGCGGAAGUACGUUCACGAGUCAACGUCAUACCUCAGGAGCCGUUCUUCAUCCCGGGUAGCGUCAGGUUCAACUUGGAUCCACACUCCCGCGAAAGUAGCGAUACAAUCAAGGCGGCGCUCGAUAAAGUCGGCCUGUUAGGGAAGAUCGGUAUGGCAGGUGGCCUAGACAGCGAACUCCAUGCCGAUGGAUUAUCUGUAGGGGAAAGACAACUUCUAGCGUUGACGCGCGCCCUAAUCGAGAAGAGCCAAAUCUUGAUUUUGGAUGAAGCCACAAGCAGCGUCGACCAAGACACCGAAGAUAAGAUGCGGCGAAUUAUCGAGGAAGAGUUCUCGGAACAGACUGUAGUCUCUGUCAUACACCGUCUUGGAUUCAUAGAGAAGUACGACCGGGUACUCCUCUUGAAACAGGGAGAGGUCGCGGAGUGGGAUACCCCCAAUGCUUUGCUAGCGACUGAUUCCGAGUUCAAGAGGUUAUUGACAGCUACGCAAACUUUGCAUUGAGAAGCAGCGAAUAAAUAGGAAUAUCAUAGAGAAAAUAGGGAAUCUUAGAAGUGCGUCCACGGGGGGAACAUGUAUUGAACUCGGGACUCCACUUAUGUUUCCCCAAAUCAGCGAAUAACUUACGGUACUACCGAGACGGGCGGCAGGAAGGCAGCACC